AUGGCACGCAAGUCGAUCAAGAGAGAACAACAAGCAGCCCAGAGAAUGCCGGUCACACGUGUGGCCGCAGAGCAAAACCCUAACGAGCAGCCUAUUAGCUCAGGUGAUACCAUUGCUAUCGACUCUGAUGUCACCAUGACCGAUGGUCAGGCGGACGAAGGCUACCAGAAGAACCGUGAGCACAAGAGGACUGAUCAUACCAUCGUCGCCAAAGGUCAGAAUGUACAGACUGCCAGCAUUUCAAGUGAUGCGAACGAAGUCGCUGAAGGAGGUCUUCAAGCCCUAGGGCGAGGCGUCAAAGAACUGGUUCAAGCAAUUCAGGAGCUUCGCUACCUUGGGGUCGAAGACUUGAUCUUGCCGUUACCUAAGAUCGCCUGUGUGGGAGAUCAGAGCGCGGGCAAAAGCUCGUUGAUUGAAGGUAUCAGCGGAAUCAAGGUUCCUCGCGGUGCUGGUACCUGCACAAGAUGCCCUCUAGAGAUCAAUCUUUGCGAAAGCUCUAGUUUGGAGGAGCCGUGGACAUGCAAGGUAUCACUUCACAAGAAAUACAUUUACGAAGGCAAUCUCGUCCCCGGUCGAGUCCUCGCAAAGAACGCCAGCAAACUCGAGGGUGCUACACGUGCUCGGCCCUUCGGACCUUGGACCCUUCAGGAGAGCGAGGAAUUCCACUUUGCCACUUUGACAUCCAAGGAUGAGGUCGAACAUGUUAUCUAUUUGGCUCAGCUAGCCACCUUGAACCCAGGUAGCCCAUGGGAGAGAUACCUUCCAAGCAACCCGAACCCGAACGAGCAGCAUCAGGUCAAAUUUUCCCCGAACGUCAUCCGUCUUGACAUUUCUGGCCCCGAAUUGCCCAAUCUAUCCUUCACAGAUUUGCCCGGGGUGAUCAGUGACUCCGAUGAUGAGGAGGUUUACUUGUUGGCCCUUGUCCAAAACUUGGUCAAAGACUAUGUAAAGGCAGAGGACUGCAUUAAUGUUCUCGCCAUCCCAAUGACACAUGACCCAGCAAAUUCAAGGGCCUCUAGACUCAUAAGGGAGCUCAAAGCCCAGGGCCGAACAAUCGGGUGUCUCACCAAACCAGAUAGGAUGCAGGUGGGUGAGUCGUUGGACCAGUGGCUUGGAAUACUGAAUGGUGAGACUUUUCGUCUGGGAUUUGGCUAUCAUGUCAUCAAGAACAACCCGGAUACUCGCGUUGAUCAUGCCACCGCAAGACUUGAGGAGCAAGCCUUCUUCGACGAAGAAGAGCCAUGGACGACUACUCUCAGCGCGUACAGUCAUCGCUUUGGUACGUUGCAGUUGGUAUCAGCUCUUUCAGAACGCCUGACAGCUCAAAUUCGAGCAAGCCUUCCACGGAUCGCCGACCAGGUGCAGCGAAAGGCCGAGCUGAUCGACGCCAAACUCCAAGAAUUACCAGAGCCCAUAGAUGGCAACCUACCUGCGAUCGUGAUGGGGGAGCUGAAUAGGUUUGAGAGGGAGAUAGAAAAGCACAUUGACGGAGGCUCACACGUCAACUCGUUUCAGAAAGAAUGGAAUCGCUUGGCAAGAAAGUUCCGCAAGGACUUGGCUGACACUCGUCCUGUACUCGUUUUGAUGCCAAGCCCACAAACUCCUAGCCAUGGCCAUUCUUCUCGCGGUACUGGCCCCAGCAGCAUGUCUGGGACACCAACGCCUACAGCUAGGGGAAAUACAACUCCUAUCCCCAUCGACUCUGACGAUGACGACGUACCCUGCAAGCCAAGUCCAGUCGUCCAACGAUCCGGUCAGAAGCGUCCGCUUGCCUCAGUGCAGCACACUCCACAGAAAAUUCCACGAACACUCAAUAGCGCACCUCGAUUGACAGCAUUGUCGUCCUCCAGACGCUUCGACCUUUCCGAGGUCCGUGAUAUCAUCCAGGAUGCUUAUAUUGGGUUGCCGAAUCAGAUCGAUCCAAAGGCCACUGAGAGAAUGAUCGUGAUGAGCAUGGAGCACUGGGAAGAGCCCGUCAAUCGCUUCUUGACCGGAACCAAGCAGCUAUGCGAAGCAAUGGUCUUCGAACAGGUUGAAAAGGUGUUCGGCAAAUAUGCCAAGACGCUUUUCUACGAGAAGGUCAUGAAAAUUUGCGAGUCGUUCUUCGAGGAAGUACUGUCUCAACAACGCCAACUCGUGAUGCAGGUUCUGAGGUGGGAGACGUCCAAGCCUAAGACCUUCAAUGACGAAUCUUUGGAGUUGGCCGAAGGAAGAGCACUUACUAUGCUUCAAACCAAGCGCCGCGAGGCUCGUGCAGGCGCUUACUUGGACGAACAAGAGGCCCAGACAGGAAAGUCAACAAGUGGACAGACUCGCAUCGAGAAGAUCUCUAAGCUUUCGGAUGCUCAGCUUGGACCAGAGACGUAUAACAGAGAGAUUGUCGCUAUGAGCACUGUCAAAGGCUACUACGAGUGUGCUUACUCUCGCUUUGUGGAUGUCGUCUGUGCUAGCAUUCAUUGCGAACUAUUUAACAAAUGCCGCGACAAUAUUGGACGAGAGAUGAAGCAGCAAUUUGGUGUGAUCGAGGAUGGAGCGUAUGAGCGCUUUGCUAUUCUUAUGGCUGCCAAUCCCAGAGAUGAGGAGCGUCGUGCCCAAUUGAAGAAGGAGAGAGACACAAUUCAGAAAGCCCGGGAGCGUCUCGACGGUCUGUCGCAAGAUGAGCUGUGUGAGUAA